UCGGUCGUAAUACCACAGAUACCGAGCGCCAUGUGUCACAGGUCCGUUGUUGUCUAGUUGCCCGCACACAAUGGCCAGCGGAAUGGACCGAGAACGAGAGUCUGUUACUCGGUGCCGAAAGAGCAUCGGAUCAUGAAGCUGAUGCACGGCUGGAUGAAAAUUGUGAAUUAUGGAUCUGUUUACUAUGCAGUGGCUUGUGAAGACCCGGCGAAUCUUCGGAAUGGGGCAACGUUUCGUGCUGUCGUAUGCGAUACAGCUGGACACUUGGAUGUCUUGAGCUAACAGAAGCAGAUUUAACCUGAUGAUGCAGUGGACUGAUUGGAGAACUGGGUUUCUUCUGAUUGUUUUUGUCUCUUUGAUCACAUUUGCAGUAAGUGAAGAAUUCUUCCAUUCACGAAACCGAGAAGAUAAUGUCCAGUAUAGGACAAUGGAGGACAAGAACAUCGUCACGUCCACCGAAAAAGCUGAGGAGAUCCUAAAACGUUACGGCUACCUCCGUUGUGGCUCCUCCAAGCGCAGAGCUUCGGCCUCCAAGCAUAAGGAAGGGAGGCACGGAGGCAGGCGGUGCACCAACGAAGAAAUCCGGAAUGCGAUCCGGCGCUACCAGAACACAUACAACAUGCCGGUUACCGGGCAACUGGAUGAAGCGACGCUCAGGCUUAUGAGCGAAUCUAGAUGUGGAAAUCCGGACGAUGAAAGCAGGGCAGCCCGCUUUAAACCAAUGAUCCACCCUAGGAAGAGGCAUUGGAGGAAGGGGCACAGCUACCAACCUCUCGGUCGACAUCGAAGAGAUCUUUCCUCCGAGACCAGAACCACUGAAGAAUACAGAACGGAUCAGCUGUCCGAUGCCGAAAAUAUCAUUCACUUCUCUGAAGAUUCUAAUCCUGGCUUUUCAGAGGAAUCUGGAAAUCUAGAAGAACUUAGACUACGUCUUUCAAGUGCAGAUGAUGAUUGGAGUACCUUGAACCAAAAGAGUGGUGCCAAGCAAUUUCACCAAAAGGUUUUGCCUGUCCACGAACUGGUGUUAGGAGACAAAAGGAUAUCGACUGAAGAACCCCAACUCCCCGGCACUUCCGCCACUAGGAGGAAGAGAUGGCUGGAGAGGUAUCUCAAAGACCUAGAGAGUGGACAGCUGGACAAAAAGCUGGAGGAGCAGUACGAAAAGAUGAAGGCGAGAAGACGAAAGAGGUCCGUGGCAUCUGGAGUGGAGGGGCAGUCUUUUACCAAUGAGAUAGUUACCUGGCGAUUGAUUGGUUCAGCAUAUAGUAAUCAAUUAACUGUGAACACUCAAAGAGCAGCGCUGGCGCUUGCUUUUCGAAUGUGGGGCGAAGUGAUUCCUUUGGUGUUCCAAGAGGACACGCGAUCACCUGUUGAUGAUGUAGAUGUUUUGAUUGCAUUUGGAAGAGGUGAACAUCUGAACUGCCCCAAUCACUUUGAUGGUUUCGGUGGUCAACUUUCCCACGCCAUUAAGAUGUCUGCAAAUGCGGAGAUUCAUGUGGACGACGACGAGUACUUGACAGUUGGUUCCGACCAGGGCACUAAUCUCAUCAAGGUGGCAGUCCACGAAGUGGGACACGCCCUGGGGCUCUUCCAUACCUCGAGAAAUUAUUCCAUUAUGUACGCUAUUUACUCCCAGGUUAUACCGAACAAUAAUUUCGAACUGGGAUGGGAAGAUAGGAAAUUAGUGCAGCAUGUCUACGGUAUCUGCAAAGUUCAUUUCAACACUGUGUUUGAUUGGGUGAGACGUAGACCAGACGGACAGCUGAUCUACAAUACGUACUUCUUCCGCGAUAAUCGAUACUGGAUGUACGAAAAUCGAUACAAUCGCACUCGAUAUGGCGACCCGUUAAGUAUUAUGCCUGAAUGGAAGGGUAUUCCAGACAAUAUUGAUGGUUAUGCCCAUGUGUGGACUUAUACGGAAGAUUCAGCUUACUUUUUCAAAGGACACCGAUUCUGGUUGUACAACAGCGCAGAAGACAGAGUGGCCAGCGGAUACCCUAAAAACAUAUCCUCCGAAUUCAGGGCCAUCCCUGGUAGCGAUUUCCCUAAUAUUCCUGGACACUUGGAUAGCAUUUUCUUCGACAAGCGUGACGGGAAUCUCUACUUUUUCAAAGGAAACCUGGUCUAUGCGUAUGAUGUAUCUCGAGGCAAAGAAGGUUGUUGUUUACCUGGAUAUCCUAAACACAUCCACAAAGAGUUUCCCUCCGUAACCAAGGAAUCGAGUCUGCCUUCUCACUUGGAUGCUGUCUAUUACUCUUACACUGAUAGAUCCAUGUAUUUUUUCAAGGGCAUCCAUUAUUGGCACAAUGUUGCUUUCAACCCACUCGAUAGAAGACGGACAAACAAAGUAAAAGGACCUUGGCUCAUAGCUUCCAAGUGGUACGAUAUCUGCGACGUGGAAGUUUAAUGAACACCCGGUUUGUACAGGACACGAAAGACAUAGUAUUAAUGAAUAAAUACUAUUCUUAACAAAGUGACUAGCAAAAUCCUUGAAAUAAUGGAAUGAUGCACAACUGUGAUUAAUAGGUGAAGUUAGUUAUAUAUCUAUCAAACUUCUAAAAAUGAAUAUCAUAUUCAUGUACUAAAUUAGUAGUUUAAAAUCAUACCUAAUCUUUGUAAAGAUGAAUUCGAUAUAUAUUUUUGGUUUUGAAAGAGAAACAGCGAAUGUUACUUUAAUUAUCUGCCUGAAGUAAUAAAAAAACUAAUAUUAAAUUUAAACUAUAUUGUCCUUUUAAAAUGCCAUAAUUGCAUUUGACAUACCUUUCGGAAAAAAGAUAUUAAGUCUUUCUCUGAAAUGUUUAAAUUCUACUUUGAAAACAAAGUAUCGUGCUGCCAUCUAUGUAACAAUACCUGAACUGCAUCAAGAUGGAUUUAAACACAAUAAUAAAAAUUCGAGUUUAUAGCCUACAAAAUUUUUUAAAAAUUUCUGCAUAUUUAUAAAAUAAGUAUGGGAUAAAUUUAUUGUUUUAUAAAACUCACAUUAAUAAUUUUGAAUCAAUUUCAAAAUAAUAAACAUUUGAAAAAUUUCUGAGCAUUCUGAUUUCAAUUUUGUUUGUGCUGCCAUCUAUGUACUGAGGUUAUUAUUAUGAGUCAAAUAAUGUAAUUUUGCUAUUUUUAUAAUCAAACGAAAAAUCAGGUAGGAGGUUUUAAAAUAAAUUUACAUAAAAAAUAACUCUUCUUAAUUUUUAAAAACUGUUUCCAUUUAAAACUAAAAUAAUUUUUAUUCAGUAUUUCUUUUUACUUUUUUAAGUAAUAGUUUAUUGUAAUCAGCAUUUAAAAAAUAUAAGAAUUAGUUCCAAUUUUAUGUAAACAUUGCAAUUUAAUCUCUUAACAAUUUCAAAUUUGUAUCAAAUUAUUUUUUAUUGAUACUUCUGUAACAAAUGGAUAUUUAAUUAAGCUGUGCAUCACUUCUAAGUUUAUUAUUUUAUUAGUGUUAUCUGUGACAUAGCAUUACACUUAGUAUUGUGAACGAAUUGUGUCAGCAUUUAUUAAAAUGCAUUUAACCUUUUGAUAUAUGAUACUGGAAAAAUUCCGAGACAUAUUUUGGAAUUCCACGAGAUGGAUUAUUUUUUAGCAUUUAUUCCGAAUUAAGUGGGUAAUGAUGCGUUUAUUGCUGCCCAUUUUAUUUGUUUGAGGUCAUUUUUUGUUCAAACUCUGUUUAAAAAUUCUCAAAUAAGAAUUACUUGAAAUUGAAAAUACAUUUUCAUAUUAAUUUUUUUUCAGUGGGUUUCUUCCCAGCAUAUGAAUAUAAUUAUAGCUUGCAAAAUGUUUUGGUUUCUACUUAUUUUUUGAGCUUACAUUUUAUGAUUCGGAACUCCAUGAAAUAUUAUAACCCAAGACUGUGAUGUAUUGGUGACUGAAGUGUAUUGUGCCAAUUUUAGAUACGUAUUUCUUUCUCAUUAUUUCUUUAUUGUUAUUGUAAAUGAACGCAAUCCAUGUGUGGAUGCAGAUCUAUGUGAUGUUAAUAUCUUAGAACUAAUAUUUAAUUAAGUAUUUGUGUCAUGUUGUGGAUUGUUGAAUACGUGUUUGAAUUGACGAAACCUACCUGGUGGACUGAAUUGUACAUAUUUCUUUGAAAUUACUAUCUACGUGUAUGUAUUUCAAUGAAUAUAAAAGCUUGCCUCAUACUAAUAAUUUGAAUCAUGUUUAUGUAUUUUUAUUUCAUAUUUCUUUUUUGAAGUGUAUUCUUUAAAAAAUGUUUCAUUACUUUGAAUGCAUAUGAGAUGUACUUAUUUGACAAACUUAAUGGUUUUCAUUCAUAUAUUAGUUUUAAAGUGUACUUUAUGUUUUAUAACAUCUAUGCAUUUGCUUUUUUACGAAUUACUAAUGUAUAAAAUUUUAUUGCAACGCUCUUAGAAUUAACUUUAUAAUAGUAAUUAUUAACAUUAGAAAUAAAUAUUUUUGUUUGAUUUACAUUGUUUAAAAAUUGAAAAUAAGAAACUUAUUUAAAUAAAAUGUUUUUUGAAAUUUCUUUAUUAUUAUUAUUUUUUAAUUAGUUUUGAAUUAAAUUUUGUUUUAAUUUUUUUUAUAUAGAUUUUAUGUGAUGAAAUGUGAGUGUUAAAUAUGGAAAUGAAGAGUUAUCAAAGAGCAUAUGAUCAUUUAAUUUUAACAAAACCUAGGAGCACUUUUUAUACUUAUAUUACAAUCUGCAGAUUAUAUUCAGAAUUAGUGCACUUAGAGAUAUACCAUAUGAUGUUUUUGUAGCUUAUAUGUAUUCUGUGUAGCAUUGUGCAUUGCAAGAAACCAAGUGUAUCAUAUUUGGUUCUUAAAUUUCUAAAAGAAAAGUAGUAAUUUUUUGUUAACGAACAGCUCAUUUUUAAUCACUGUUUAUUGUUGUUCUUUCAAAAUGUAAAUAA